AUGUACAGUCAUUACGAGUGGGAGUACGAGCAUCGACGUGGACCACGGAUUCGAGACGAUGGGAAAAAGAGACAGAUGAACGAGGAGAACAGCUCGAACGCUGGCUGUGAGAUCUUCGAGUCGGACCAGAAAAUUCACGGAAAAUCGACGAGACUUGGGAUUUCCGGUUGGACUUCGUGGUUGUCGCAAGCGGUGAGUCUCGCAUGAUAGUCCUUGGUGAAGUUCCACCGUCGCAGCCAGAGCAGGAACAGGAAUCCGCACAGGAUGUGGCGGCACAAUGGUUGCAAACAGAGGAUCAAAC